AUGCCAACUCAACAGCAUCCCAAUGAAAAUGCGAGACCGGCAUCUAACAAUGUCAGAAACACAAGACAGGCUGAAAAUGAGAACAACUCUGGUCCUUCCCACCGCAAUACUGCCACUGGUCAACCACGAAAGAGAAACAACACUAGACAGCUGCAGCCGCUCCAGACCAAAUCCAAUGUGACCAACUCUCCGAGACCGAAACGUCGAAAUCUGACUUUGGAAGCUUCUCAGGGCAUAAUAAGAAUUGGAGGAUCAGUGGGAGACUACAGAAUCAAAGAGAAAUUGGGAGAGGGCGAGAAUGGUUUCUGCUACGUCGCAGAGUUAAAAGACAAAAGCGCAAUUGUUGCACUCAAGUUCCAGGACAAGAAGGAAAACGGCGCGAUGAUUGAAAAUGAACUUCGCUUUCUCAAAAAAGUGCAAGGAAACGACGCUAUGAUGAAAUAUAUUGAAAAUUUCACAUAUGGAAGUUACAACGUUAUUGUGACAAAUCUUCUCCAUUGUGAUCUAAAAUCCCAGCUGGCUUAUAAUCGAAAGUUAAGUUCCCACAACACACUUCGAAUAGGAUAUGAAUUGUUCACUGCACUCGAUUGGUUGAGAAAGAAAGGAGUUGUUCAUCGUGAUCUUCAUAGUGGAAAUGUCUUCUUUGACAAAAAGUUUUCAAAAGCUGUUAUCGGAGAUUUCGGGUGCUCCGAAAUGGAAAAACGAAACGAAUUGGGAUUGAAGUUUCAUGACUUGAAUCAUAUUUCACAUAGAGUGAACGAUGAAGAAGAGCAUGGUUUUUUGGAUGACGCUAUUUCCAUUCUAUUUCUCAUGUUGGAACUCUGUGGUAGUCGUUCUUUGUUUCAAGACGGAAACAUUGAAAAAAUGGUGAAGAAAAAGAAAAAGCUGUUCAAGAAACCAGCUGAUGCUCUCAUUAAAGAAACAAACAAAUUCAUGAUUCCGAUCGUAUUUGAACUGCGCAGACAGUUCAACGAACCUCGUCCCACCCACACAAAACUUCUCACCGUCAUUGUCAAGCAAACGGUUCCAGGGUUUGAUCCAAAAAAGAAGUAUGAGACCAACACAAGCCCCCCUCUUCAUUUGGUAUAA